GCUGUGUCUAGUGGUGAACCGUUUGGCGCUUCUACAGUGUUAGCUAGUAUAUUGUUCGCAUUACCAUUAUAUGUAUUUCGACAUCUAAAAAUAACAAGAAGGUUGUCAUAAUUUAUUAUUAAAAUAACAAUUACAAAAUGAACGACGUUCGAUUAUUCAACCUUAGAGCUGUUUUGAAUCACGUGUUGUUUGUAGCCAAUGAGGGUACUGGUGUUAAUUCUGAAACAUGGCAGCGUUCAUCAGAAGCGUGGGUCGGCAGCUUAUAUGUAUUGAACCUAGAACGGUUUUGUUAGCAAAGGAAAAUACGGUAGUAGAUAUUAAGAGGUAUGUACGCGCUCUCAGGCGCAGGCCUGUCGGAGUGCUGUACCCGGAGGAUGAGGCUGGAAAGGCACCCAAACCAACACCGGCCAAAGCUGUGGUUGAACACCAUCGGACUCCUGGCGGCCAGAAGGACAAGGCGAAAUGGUCAAAAACAAACCUCAAAACGGCAGUUCAGAAAAACCUGGAUCCUAACUUUAUAAGUAAAAAUUCGGAUCGACAUAAUAAUAAGGCAACAGUAAAAGUAUCUGAUACAUCUUCAGAUUUGCUGGAUGGAUUGCGGUACGAAAAGGCAUUCGCCGGUGACAAGAGAUUAGCGAGGGCGGUAAGCAUCGCUCGCUCCAGGAAGUACCGGGAGCAGCAGGGGAAGGUGCUGCUGGAGGGGCGGCGGCUGAUCUGUGACGCGCUGCUGGCCGGCGCCCUCCCUCAGACGCUCUUCUUCAGCAGCAUGGAGCAGCUACGGGAGCUGCCCCUGGACAGACUGCGGCGAGCCAGCCUGGUCAAGGUGAAGGGGGAGGACAUUCAGACGUGGUCAGACCUUGUUACUCCCCAGGGAGUGAUCGCUAUAUUCUCACAGCCGGAUGCGAAGCGGCUAGGAUUUCCCAAGGACCAGCGCGACCAGGCCGUGCCCCUCCAUCUAAUCUGCGACAAUGUGCGAGAUCCGGGGAACCUGGGCACCAUCCUGCGCUGUGCCGCUGCCGCCGGUUGCCAGAGCGUGCUGCUCACCAAGGGCUGUGUGGACGUAUGGGAGCCGAAGGUGCUGCGAGCUGCCAUGGGCGCUCACUUCCGCCUACCCAUAAUUCCCGGCCUGUGCUGGGGCGAUGUGGCUGGCAACCUCCCGCCUGCAAUCACCAUCCACUUGGCCGACAACUGCAGUACCAGCAAUAUCCACCAGGGGGCCAAGGGGGAAGUAGAGCCGUCGAAACUGCCGGCCUCUCGAAAGGCGGGGGAUUACGGCUGGGUGAGAAGCUCGUCCGAUUCCACCCAUGCGGCCGGUGCCUGGGAGUCGGACUCUGAUGAAGAGCUUGAGGAUGAGGAGCCGGCGGUGUGUCUGCCUGUGGUGGGCGCCCGGGUGUACCACGAGCGAUGGGCGGUGAGCCACACGGCCCUCGUGAUUGGUGGGGAGACUCACGGGCUGAGCUUGGAGGCGCUGCAGCUGGCCGAGCGGACCGGUGGCCUCAGACUCUUUGUGCCCAUGGUCUCCGGCAUGGACAGCCUGAACUCCGCCAUGGCAGCUAGUGUCCUGCUCUUUGAGGGCAGGAGACAGCUGAUUGGGUCAGACGGUCAGGGUGGAGCGAAGAGUGACCGCUCCUGAUCACAGGCCAUGCCUUCAGCCCCAGGUCUGUGCCCCCUUCGUUUGGGGCAACUUGUUAACCAAUAUCAGAGAUGCCAUGUUUCCUGUACAGUUGAGGUGCUCCCGCCCCCUGCACCCCCCCAGCCAGGGCUCAGGCAGUGUAAGGACAACUAAUAUGAACGGGAAAGUAAAAACACCCGUCUGCUGUGAAAUUUUGAAGCAAAUACAAAAAUAAGACAUUAACUUUGUGGAUGAUAUGGCAAAACUUGCUAACUUAAACAUACAUCUCAGACUUGAACCAUGCAUGUUAUGGACUGCACCUUCCGGGACAAUCUACUGCUAUGCAGUUCGGUAAAUGACAUGCAGCACAAAAGUUUCCGCAAUUCAUUUUUGCUAAUAUAAGGAGAUAAUUAAAGCGAUCCUGUGAACAAUCAACAAAGGAAUACACAAUGGCAGAGGAUAUAAUUAAUGUUUCAGUGCCCCGAGUCGUCAACAGCUUUCACUUUAUUGUUUUUAUAAUUCGUGUACACAUCUGUGUUCUAAAAAAUGGAAAAAUAAAAACAAUGCUGAUAUUUAGA